AUGGCCCAGGUCAAGCAAGACCCGGAUGCCAUGUACAUCAAACAAGACCCCGACUCCAAGGACGCCGUUCUAGAUGACAUCGAUGACGAGGACCUUUACGAAGACGCUGGAGAUCUUGACUUCUCCCUAGCUGGCCAGAGCGUAUGGAUCUCACGCCUUCCCCGGCAGCUAUGGGAGAACUGGGCGCAUCUUGACGACGACGAAGAGAUUGAGGUUGGAACAAUGAGGAUAGAACAAAACCCUACAGACCCAAAUGAUAUCAAGCGGGUUAGCUUGCGACUCCACGACCGACCAGACAACCGCGAAAUUCCCAAAGAUUAUACCCUCCAACAACAAACCGUUACUUCCACAAAUGCCUCACACAUGACUCAAAAUACCUAUGUCUUUACGGAGAAGGACAUCCCCGGCGUGGAGAAUCGCAUGGCCACCUUUGGAGAGACACGAUCUGCCCUUUAUGAAGCUCAGAAGCGUGACGCACGGAGGAGGGAACAAGGCAAACGAUGGGAGCCCUAUGUGCGCAAGACCAUACCCAAACACACUGCUCUUGUCGGACAGGCCAGCCAGGAGUUCAACUGUCUCCCGGUGGAGAACGAGGAGUUCCGACUGAUCUCAGAAAAGCGAGCCCUGGAGGCUCUCAAGCCGAAGAAAGAAACCAUGUUCAUCAAGAACCUCCCCAACAAGAUCUUACAGGAGCGCCAUCUUCUCCCCACGGCCCAGAGUGCAUUCGUCCAACAAACGAAACCAUCCAAGGCCAAGGCCCAGGAAAACAAGUACACGCGUAUGCCUCAAAACGAGCUGCUGGACAGGAUCUUUGGAUGCUUCCGCGAGUACCAAUACUGGCCUUUUAAGGCGCUCAAGGCCAAGCUCAUGCAGCCUGAGGCUUAUCUCAAACAGACCCUGGAGAUGGUCGCACAUCUGGUCAAGUCGGGUGACUUUGCCAUGACGUGGGAGUUGAAGCCGGAAGCGCAGCAGACCAACUAUGCCCAGAUGCCCCAUGCAGUCAAGGCUGAGAUGGCUCCCGGGGAUAACUUUGACUCGGAUGAUGAUCCUUCUGGUAUGGUUACGGACCAUGAUGAUGUGCAGUUCGAAAAUGUCUGA